AGUUGGUUUUUCCCAAAGCGUAKUGAAUUCAGACUACAGAGUAGUAGGCUGAUACACAGCCAAUACAGUACGUAGCGGCAUGCAUCUAUAACAAUUGUAUGCGGACCGCCAUAAUACCAAAGAAGAAGAAGACCACUUCCUUCACUACAGCUUUGAGUCUGCUCCGUGAAGCGGAAGAAGUAUGAAUGCACUGACUACUGCGGAGGUUGCAUUGCUGUAAAUGCUGCAUGGCCACUGCAGAGGUCGGAUUGAACAUACAUCGGGUUUUACUGGUUCGUUGCACGGAUAGCGCAGCGGUAAUCAGUCUGGUAUUUACAAGGCUACACUUACUGGGCCUCAGACAAUUAACUAUCUGGACUUUCGAAGGGGACGUUGUUCCAACAGACUCUCGGGUAGAGUUAGACGAUAACAGACAACAGGAUUAUUGGUGGAUAGGGUGUUGAACGUUUUAUUGACUCRAAUAGAUAAUGUAAAAUCUUAUCCAGGAUCUUCCUGAAGUAAGAUUAGCCUACAUCAGACAUUUGUCACAAUUUAAGUCGAGUUGUGAUAUUUAAAAUUACGUUUGAUUGCUCUGGUCUAGCUCUUCUUUCUAUGAAUGCUAUGACAAAGAAUAACUAGUGUACGGUACACAUUUACUGUCAAGUUUUUUAUUUGAAGAAACGUUGAAGAAAGAAUAGCUUCGACGAUGGAUCGGGACAGAGCUAGCCCGUCCCCCUCCAACCUGCCGGAGUCCCCUGGUCGCAACUCUCCCGGUAGCGCCUUACUGCUGGAUCUGAAGAGGGUGUCUGUGCGGCUGGUCGACUGCAGGAAAACACCAGGGCAGAGUGGAACUGUGAGAGAAGGACACGAGGAGGGAGAUGGAGAUUUGAUUUCAUCAAGGGACUCCCAUAACCAUCGCUCUUUCAGUGGAAGGUACUUAUCAUCUGGGGAGCCUCAACAACAUCAUGUUGCUGAAGAGGCAGAGAAGAGUCUCUCCAGAUCAGAUCACCUCAAUAAACACCAGCAGAGAAGUACAGUGAAGAAACCUCACCACUGUUACUCUGACUUUGGGAAGAGUUUUACUAGACUGAGGUCCUUAAUUCACCAGCAGAUUCACACUGGAGAGAAACUGUACUGCUGCUCUCAGUGUGGGAGGGGUUUUYCAGCAUCUAAUGCCUUAAAAUAUCAUCUGAAAAUUCAUACAGGMGAGAGGCCUUACCCCUGCCUUGAUUGUGGGAAAAGCUUUGCUAAUUCAGGAGGCCUGACCAUACACAAGCGUUUACACACUGGAGAGAAACCUUAUAGCUGUGAUCAGUGUAGGAAGAGCUUCAAUCAGUCAGGACACCUGACUACACACCAGCGAACACACACUGGAGAGAGGCCUUAUAGCUGUGAUCAAUGUGGGAAAAGAUUCAAUCAGUCAGGAGAGCUGACUACACACCAGCGAACACACACUGGACAGAGGCCUUAUAGCUGUGAUCAAUGUGGGAAGAGAUUCAAUCAGUCAGGAGAGCUGACUACACACAAGCUAACACACACUGGAGAGAGYCCUUACGUCUGUCUAUGUGGAAAAAGCUUUGCUCGAGCUUCCACCCUGACUAGACACCAGCGAACACACACUGGAGAGAAACCUUAUAGCUGUGAUCAGUGUGGAAAGAGUUUUUCUCAAACUUUCUCCCUGACUAAACACAAGCUAACACACACUGGAGAGAAUUCAAAUUUUGGAUUAAGACAAUGA